AAAAGGUUUUUCAUUUAAUCUUUGAAACUGUUUAGUAAGGGCGGUUAGUUUUUCUGGUUUGGCUGCCUCUUUUGAGCUCAGCUUGCAAUUGCAUAUUGUGCUUUGAGGUUCUAGCUGCCCUGGAUUUCUUUGUUUGGCUGCUCUGUCCUAGUGGGUUCUCUGCCUGGUUUGUUCUAUCAUCUGUUCUAGACUUCUAGUGUGUCCUCCGCCUGCUAUCACCAUCAACUUUCAUAUUCUUUUCCCAAAAACAAAAGAUGGCAAAUUAUAGAGCAACUGGAGCUGCUCCCUCAUCCAGCAGAACCAAUGGUCAACAAUUAGGGGGUUUGAAUAGUCCUAUUGGUGAGGAAGAUAGUAAUAGAGUUUCUCUCAGUCCACCUGGAAAUAGGUCAUCCGGAUCAUCAUCCUACUAUUCUGCGCAAGAGACUUUCCAAGGGCAGUCUAUCAAAGUCAUUCACAAAAUACAGGCUAAAUUGCAGGUAUUACAAGCGGACGCCCUGCAUUCCAUUCAAAUGCUCACGACACUCAUCCAGGCUUAUCUCUCUGAGAUCGGGAAAGAAAUGCAUGCUCUACAGAACACUAUGACGGAUCUUUCGCUGGGUACAGAGGAAACAGAACCUGUGGAGACUUAUAUUCUGCAAUUCAACUUCAGGAGGCGAAACCCUAUUAAGAACGAAGAAGAUAGCAUUCAGGCGGUGAAAGAGUACAUAUUUAAAAGAAUGCUGGGGAUCGAAGAUUCGCAGCUGCCAAAAAUAAAAAGUGUGCUCAAGUCAAAUUUUAAUGGAGUGCUAGUAGUAUUUGCCGAUUCCCUUUCUAAAGAAAUCGUUUUACGGCGGGCAAAUCAACGGAAGAAAGGGAAAGCAAGAGAAGGCAUUAUUAUUUUUGACUGGACUCGAUGAAAAGACUUGGAACAUCACAAGAACAUGAGAGAAUGCUGGCUUAUCCUCGGAUUAGGGUUAGUGCAAUAAUUCAGUACAUAGGACAAGGACAGAAUUUAGGUUUGAUCUAAAUCAGGGCAAUUAUUUUGUGAUCAAGCAUCUACCUGCUUGUUUGUGUGAUUCAGUUGGCGAAAAUCGCUUCCGAACAGAAAAUUUAAGUUUGUCCAUGUAAACACUUUGGUAUUUCAAGGAAAUCAGAAACUCCAUGUAGACACUUUGGUAUUUCAAGAAAAUCAGAAACUGUUGCUUGGAAUGAAAACAAAUGCUGCUCCAAAUUUUCGUAA